CGCUCCCUGCGUCUGCGGGCCGCGCUCCGGGACGGCAUGUCGGCGGCGGGCGUGGAAGCGGGCUUCCCCAGCGAGGAGCUGCUGUCGCUGCGCUUCCCGCUGCACCGCGCCUGCCGCGACGGGGACCUGGCGGCGCUGUGCUCGCUCCUGCCGCGGACGCCGCGCGCCCAGCUGGCCGCCGAGGACUCGCUCUACGGAUGGACGCCGGUGCACUGGGCCGCGCACUUCGGCAAGCUGGACUGCCUGGCUCAGUUGGUGCGAGCCGGGGCCACGCUGGACGUGUCCACCUCGCGCUACGCCCAGACGCCCGCCCACAUCGCGGCCGUGGGCGGCCACCCCCAGUGCCUGCUCUGGCUGAUGCAAGCGGGAGCCAGCGUCAACCAGCCGGACUGUGAGGGCGAGACCCCCAUUCACAAGGCGGCCCGCUCGGGGAGCCUGGACUGCAUCGGCGCCCUGGUGGCUGGCGGCGCCCACGUCGACCUGAGGAACGCCCGGGGCCUCACCGCCGCCGACAUCGCGCAGACACAGGGCUUCCCGGAGUGCUCGCGCUUCCUGGCCGGCCUGCACGAUCACGGCCACGGCCACCACCACCACAGCCGGCGGGCGGCCGCGAGCAAGAGGGGCCUGGACGCCGCGGGGCUCCUCGCCGCCAAGAGGGCCAGGUCGGAAGCGCCGGCACCGGCACCGGAGGACGACGCCGACAGCAUGCUGGUGGACCGGGAGCCGGCCGGCCUCGCAGAUGCGGGCACCCCCCGCCCCGCCGCGGGGCCCUCGGCGAACGGACACGCGCACCCAGCCUCGCCGCCCGCCCCGGAGGGCCCCCCGACCGGGACCGAGACCGAGCGACCCGGCCCCACCCGGCAGCCCCCGACGCCCGAGAAGCCGCCCGACGCCGACGCCGACUUGGGGCCCGAGACGUGCGGGUCCCUGCACCUGGGCGGGAGCCCCAGCAGCUGCGUGGCUGGCCGCCCGUGCUGGGCGGAGGACGCGGACGCGGGUGCGAGCCUGCACUACGGCCACUACCACGGCUUCGGGGACACGGCCGAGAGCCUGCCAGCCGCCCCGCACCUGGACCCCACCUCCUAGGCCGCCAGUCAGAGAGCGAGCUGGGACUGGGGACUUUGUGCCAAGACGGGCCGAAUAAAUGCGUGUCCACAGACGUGCGCUGGGGUCGCGGCACUUACCCAGA